AUGAACGUUAGUGGAACUUUAAAUGUUUUCCGCCUCCUUUGGAAUCCAAGGCUCUGUAUGCCGCAACUUACGGUGCCGACUUUCAAUGAUCUUCCACUGCCUAUAAAUUCCAAUAUUAAAGCUGUAGUUUUAGACAAGGAUAACUGUUUUGCCUAUCCCAAAGAUGAUAAAGUAUGGCCAACUUAUCUUGAAAAAUGGCAAUCUCUAAAGCAACAGUACCCGGGAAAGAAACUCUUGAUUGUUAGCAAUACUGCCGGCUCGAGUGAUGAUUUGGAUUACGAGCAGGCUAAAAAGCUGGAAGCAGUUACUGGCGUUUCAGUGCUUAGACAUGCGGUUAAGAAACCGGGGUGUAAAGACGAGAUUAUGCAGUACUUCGUUGAAAAUAAAGUAGCAAAUUCACCUUCAGAAGUCGCUGUGGUGGGGGAUAGAUUAUUUACUGAUAUCAUCAUGGCCAAUUCGAUGGGAGCCUAUGGAGUUUGGAUUAAAGAUGGUGUUGAAGAUUCGACUAAUCCUAUAUCUAAAUUCGAGAAGUCAUUAUAUAAUUAUUUGAAAUUUUAA